AUGGACUCUCAACAGAGACAGAGGCACAGAGGCGCACCUGACAGGAUGACGAGGCGGGGCAGGUUCAUUCAACAGGGCCACCGUAUGCGUGCGAGACGGAACAGCCAGGUCGGACGUGGUGACGACGCGAACAUGGCCAAAGUUGGGGAUGAGGCUACGCAUGGGAAACAGGUAGACGAUGGUGAUGUGGCAGUCUCUGAAAAGGGAAUGUCGGGGGUAUUUGAAGUGAAUUGUUGGUCGUGGCAGUUGAGCGUCUGA